GGAGCUCUCAAUAAACGCGUCCCGGCUCGCUGCGAGGGGUCGACAAACAUGGGGGGCCCAUUUGCCCCAUCAAGCUACUGCUCCCACAUACAGACCGAAUUUUUUUUUUCCUCGCAGUCAAUGGCUGCAUCCUGGCACAGACUGCUACUUCCGACUGGAGCACUCUGACAUAAUUUCAGCCUUUCAGGAUAAGUUAGAACUAGGAAACAGCACUCGACACAUCGUGCACAAAGCCUGUGAGCUCUGUUGAAUAGAUGUUGCAAGUGUAGAUCGGAUUUCCGUGAAUCGUCCUGUCUGGAAGAUUGUUCCGAUUGUGCACCAGAAAACCAGCCAUGGCCGCUGAAACAAAGGAUAGCAUCGACGACUUGUCCUCAACCAGCUCGCUCAGCGAACGCGACGACGACGACAACGGCUGGGAAGACGCCGAGCCGGACGAGGAAAAGAUUCAGAUUCUCAGCCUGUUCGACGACAGAAUUUUCAAUGAUGCCAAAUCAAUGCUAGACUACUGCAAAGAAAGGUAUCACUUUGACUUCAUCUCAGUCCAGAAACAGCACAACCUUGAUUUCUACCAGAGCAUCAAACUGGUCAACUAUAUUCGCGCAGCCGUCAAGGAAGGCAACACGCGCCCAGAUGUUGACUUAGUGUCCAACUUCGCCGACGAAAAGUAUCUACAACCCGUCCUCGAGGACGAUGCCCUGCUUUUCUCUCUCGACGACCUCUCCGCUGAGGAGGCAAAUCCAGAGUCGCAGGAGAAUCACACACCAGAAGCCCGAAUAGCUGAACUUGAGGCUCAACUAUCAGUUCUGCAGGCUCGGUUCGCAGAUUUCAGAGCGCAGGUUGAUCAGACGCUCGAGCGCCGCUGGACCGAAUCAAACGAUAUCUCUCCCGUUGUGGAGAAGGCGAAGGCCAGUAGCGGCCCUGACUACGAAGGUGACUACUUCGAGUCGUAUUCGUACAAUGCGAUCCACGAGGAGAUGCUCAAGGACAAAGUCCGCACAGAUGCAUACCGUGACUUCAUCUAUGAGCACAAGCAUCUGUUCGCCAACAAGAUUGUCCUCGACGUCGGCUGCGGCACGGGCAUUCUGUCCAUGUUCUGCGCGCGCGCCGGCGCUGCUCGAGUCAUUGCCGUUGACAAUUCCGACAUCAUCGACAAGGCGCGUGCUCAUGUCUUUGCCAAUGGACUCUCGGACACCAUCACGUGUCUGCGCGGCAAAAUCGAGGAGAUUGUCUUACCCGUCGAAAAAGUGGAUGUCAUUGUGAGUGAGUGGAUGGGUUAUUGCCUGUUGUUUGAAGCCAUGCUUGACUCCGUGCUUUGGGCACGCGAUAGGUAUCUCGCACCCGAUGGCCUGAUGGUGCCCAGCCACACGGUGCUGCGGGUCGCGCCCCUCAGCGACAGUGAAUUCGUGCUGGACAACGUUGAGUUUUGGAAGGAUGUAUACGGCUUCGACAUGAGCGCUAUGCAGGAGAAGAUCUACGAGGAUGUGCUCGUGCGACAGAUGCCUGUUACCUCCCUGGCGGGCGCGUCUUUCCCCUUCGCCGUGCUGGACCUGCACAACGUCAAGACCGAGCAAUUAGUCUUCACCACACCGUUCGAAGUCAGCCUGUUACGUGACGUCGACGCGCUGGACGGAUUCCUUAUCUACUUUGAUACCUUCUUUCUCACGUCGAGGACAGCGCAGCUACCCAGCGACGCCCAGGCAGAAACCUGGUCCUCGGAGGGCGUUGCUUUUACAACCGGUCCUCAGGGCAAAGAAACCCAUUGGCGAUCCGGCGUCAUGCUCAUUGACCGUUCAAAGGUUGUACCUACUCGUGCUGAGAAGGGCGCGAUAAUCAAAGGUACGAUCGAGUACCGCAAGGGCAGGGAGAACAGUCGCGGCCUUGAAAUCGACAUCAAAUGGCUACAGGCAGGCGCAGGUCGUGCAGCAGAGCAGAGCUGGUUCCUGAAGUGACGACAGUGGUGGGCAAGAAGGAAGGGGCAACACGAAGAUCUCAGGAAAGGAAGGAGCGAUGCAGUCAUCAUCUUUCGAAAAUCCUAUUUGACACUCUGGCCACUACAGACGCCACGGACUGAAGCUUUGCACAGCCAGCCCUUCGCAUGUCUAUACUAUGCCAUGCUCUAGCACAGUAUACAAUUCACGGUUCUCAGUCGAGACGCCGUCCUCAAAAAUUCCCAAAUGCACAGCGCUCUCCGUUAAGAGAGCCGCCAAGGUGCUCAACCAAAAGCCAUCUACCUAUGCCAGUCGCUUUCAAAUGUGCUUUGCAAUGCAUGGCCGCCCAAAAACAAGAUAAAAAAAAAUUCAAAGUCAAGG